GAAGAACUGCCUUUUUACACAGAAAAAAUGAAAUUAAUGAUUAAAACUCUGCUGGCCUUUGUGGUCUUUUAUCAUCCUAAAUUAUGUUCAACAAAUCCAAGUGGAUUUUCUCAUUUCCUUAGCAAUGUUGGAAACACUCUCAACAAGCAAGUUCAAGGAGUUCCUAAGAUAUUGCAAGAUUCAGCACCAUAUGUGGCUCAAAUGCCUUACGUGGGUCAAGCAAUGCAAAUUGGCCAGGUAGUUGGUUCGGAUGCGAGUCAGGCAGCAGGAAAGAAACCAUUACGUCCAAUUCCUGGAUUUCCACCACCUGCAACUGCAGCAGGUGGAUACCAAGGAGGUUAUAGAAAGGGUAAAAUAUCACAAGGAAAUGUUUCAAGAAGGAAUAAAAAACGUAGAAAAAGGAAAAGAUCUAAAAAUUAUAACAAAAAUAGAAGAAAGAGAAGAAAUAGAAAAAAGAAGCAAAAUCAACAACCUAAGAAAUCACAAGAUUCUGAAGAAAAUUCUAAGCAGCAAGAACAUUCGGAAAAUGGUGAACAGCUGGGGAAAAAACAAGAAGAAUAAUUGUUUUUUCUAUGGUUCGAGGAUUCCAUUAUUUGGUAAAGGAGUUUGCAUCUGGCCAUAACAUGAAGAAGUCUCACCUCCCGUGUAAAAAUUUCGCCAGCUGGCCCUACUACACAUUAAGGUUUCUGGUCGAAUCCCGGCCAGGAUGCCCCUUGUUGGGUUUCAUGGACAUAAAGCGGGCGGUAACUGGCCGGGAUACAUUUUUCUCGAAUCACAUAGUCCACAGCCGGCCGGUUGGAUUAGAUCAGUGAAAAAAAAUGAGCAUUUUAAAUUCUUAAAAAAAAAACAUUAAAUUUGUUCAAAUGUUUUAACUUUUUAAAUCAAACUUUUAUCGAUUCUGCUAUGUGCAAUAGCAGAAAUGUUACAAUUUUGAUAAAAUUCUCUAUUUUCAGACAAUGCUUAGCCUGUACACUUUUAAAUUUACCUUCAUGUACAGUGCCUACUGCGUCUGGCGCAUGUCUGGAGUCCUGUAUAGAUACACAGUAAUUUUCAGUUUCGCAGCUGCAAUAAGGAUGUACAUU